AUGGCCAUUGGCCGGUGCCGUGAAGUUGCACGCAACCAAAUGCCCUUGUCUCGUACGCGCAUACCUAGCUGCAUCUUCAAGCGCAAGAGUGGUGUCGAAAAGGCGACUGCAGAGAACCACGGCGCUAUGCUGCGAGGCGCCAGGGCCGGGACCGGAGAAGGCGAUGUCUUCAGAGGCCGUCGUCGUUUAGCUCGCCCUGUUGCGUCGGGCCAUGUUUAUCUGGGGCGAGAUACCAAGGUAAUUUCGAGACGGGAUGGCUGCCAGCCUGCCAUGGAUGCGGACGAGUCGCGAUGUCGCCCGAUGGAGGUCCAACCAAAGGCUGCGCCGCCAAGACCUAGACCAGCUUCCUCGUUCGGACGCGACGGAUGGCACGGCGCUGGCCAGGCGGAGACCAAUAGUGCCAAUGGCGUGCGGCUCUCAUCGAAUGGCGAGAGCAGCGAGUGUCACCCAGUCACCGCCUCUGUCCCGUGCCUCCUCACCCCUGGUGUGUUCCUCCGUCCUGUCGAGCUGCCUCGCUUCUCUGCUCUGAGACGACGUCAAGACAUUGACAAUACCGAGACGGAAAACCCAUAUAGAAGAGCCAGUGCCGUUACAGAGCCCGGGGAGCGUCGAUGGUGGCUUGAAUGGCUUGGAAAUGUGCUUGGAUGGCUUGAUGAAGGAUGCAAGAAAGACAGCUUGACAGGCGCGCCCAGUCCAGGUACCGAGACACAAGUCACAGGUACGUACCGAAAAGGGGCAUACCUCGCUAAGAUGUUGAUGCUCUUUUUCCUCCUCGACAUCAGACUCGGUCCAUCUUCGCCGUCGUUCCCUGCACGUAAAGAGGAGACCAGUGGUACGCCCAACAAGGUCCACAAGCCUCCGCCCCUCGGCCUCGAAAAACCGGCCGCCGCCGCCGCCGCUGCCGCCCGAUCGCGAGGCAGCGGACCAGGAGAGAGGAACCAACAAUUUUACCCGCAUGCUGGUUUAAUGAGGCCAAGCUCCGAGCAUGGUUCCCAGGUGCAGGAAGGUAUCAAGCCGCACAUCACCAAACUGCAAUCUUGGAAGAAAGCCACUAAAGCCUCCAGAACAUCCGACCAUGUGGCAGUCAUCCCGAUCGGGGAGGUAGAUCUGCAGCAUCUCCUUGAAGAGGGGGUCAGCUCGCAUGCUGGUGUGGGCCGCCCACACGCGCGCCCUCAGGAACGGUACGCGACGAGGGGCAAAUUGUGGGCGCUCCGGUCGAGAUGGAUCCCGCCUUUGGUUUGCGACCGCCGGGCCUCUCCUAUCCCGUUCGUCAAGUCUGGUAUCGGCGGCAACCGUGAAGUUUGGAACCCGUCCACAUACAGCAUUUCUGUAAUGGCCGCAGUGACCGUGACAGCUGCCUGGACCAGCCCUAUUGGUGAGCCUCGAGGUUUCCUCAAGAUACCACUAGUUUGA